UAUCCAACCAAGUUAGAUGUGCUUUGAGGAGAUAUAUAGUAGAAGAAAUCAAAGCUCAUGAGCAAGAUGCAGAAAAAUUCCUCAUCCAAUAAUAUUCAAGAAUUCAUGGCUUUGUUCAACGAUUCAUUCCCGGAUCAACAACUUAAUAUCCCUCCCGUUCACACCAAUAUUAAUCCACAGGCUCUUCACUCAUCAAUCUCUCCUAAUUAUGUUCUUCAAGAUGCAGAAACGUUGCCUAUAUCAGAAACCUUACUGGUUCCUUCUCUUCCUCUUGCUGCUGAAAAGAACAAGAACCUGGUUAUCAGCAAGAGGAAGAGAAACAGUAACAGGCGUGAGGUUGAUGAUGAAGAGAAAGAAAAAGACGUCAUCCAUGUGAGAGCGAAAAGAGGCCAAGCAACUGAUAGCCACAGUUUAGCAGAAAGGGUGAGAAGAGAGAGAAUCAAUGAAAAGUUAAGAUGCUUGCAAGAAUUAGUCCCAGGGUGCUACAAGACAAUGGGUAUGGCAGUCAUGUUAGAUGUGAUCAUAGAUUAUGUUCAAUCUCUGCAACAACAGAUUGAGUUUCUUUCCAUGAAGCUUACAGCAGCAACCAUGCAUUAUGAUUUCCAAUCUUCUGAGUUCAAUGUCACCGAACCCUUACAGAGGAAUAUUAAUACUUGUGAAGUCCAAGAGAUGGAGAAGAUGGGAGAAGAAGGUUAUAGGGGGUACCCUUACCGCAAUCCUACGUGGCCACUUCAUUAAUAUCUUGUACUUGAGAAAUCGUACGUUAUAUGCAUAUUGUUACAUAAAUAUAUGUGAAAAUGAAACUACGAGCUGCGACUAACAAAUGAAUGGUGAAAGCGUUGCAGGCUUUUCCUUUCUUAA